CUAAGCUCGUCCGCGGUGGCUGUCAUGGCUGCAGAACUCCCGACCUCAAGGUCCUCUUUCGCUCGCCAACAAGCCCAGGAACGUGCAUUCCUAAAUGUGGCUGUCGAUUUCAGACUUACCCUAAGCUGAGAUAUCUUGUGUUAUCCCUGGCGUUUCCUUCACGACUUCGUUCAUAUCCUUGUAUAUCGCCCUCGUGCAAUCUUCGUCGACUAUCAUGCUCUAGUCCAGCAAAGAUGGAUGAGCCGUCCAUCGCGAGUGCGAUCGACUCGCUUUUCAAGGACACUUACACCACUUUGGAGCAACUCCAGGAGCAUUCGGACUACCUUGAGCCCUUCUCCGACUCGAUCGUGGCAUGCCACUGGGCCAUUACCAAUCUAGAGACGAUUCACAAGUCUUACGCCCAGUACCCGUACUCUACACUGGCCCAAGAUGCGUUCUCCCUACGGAACAACCUAGAGAGAUUCAUUGCCUCAUGUCACGCCCUAACUCGCUUCAUGAGUUUCCUUGAUAUGUCCACAGACGCUGGCUGCUUCAUUGGCGGCAGCAAGGCAACUUCGAAACGUAAACAAGUCCGUGAAUUACAGGAAGAGUUCUGGGACCAUCAGCGAAUUCUUUCUUUGGCGCUGGCUAACGCAGUAUACAUGACCACCCUUGAUAUGCAAAAAGAGAAUGCCAUUCCAGAUCCCGAGCUUGACAUGAUCCUACGUCUAUCACAGAAACGUCACACUGUAUACGAGAAAGCCGAUAAACCGGGCCAUGAUAAUAAAAGCCAGAAGCCAUUGGAGAAUCACGUCGAGAAGCUCGAAUUUGAGACUGUUCUUCGCAAGUAUUUUGAGCAUGUGGCAAGACGAGCGAAGCGCGAGGAGCAUGCUCGACGACGGCAGUCGGCCCCAAUUCUUUCGCAAGAUACGUCGGUCAUUUGUUAUCGAGGUUCGUCGCCGAAAGACCAAGCGAAUGACUGGCGCCGUAACGGCAGUCGUCGAUAUAGCGCCUCAAACGGUCGCAUGCUUCUCACGUACGGUGGAAGCAUGGAAGGGAGUACAUACAACGAAAUCUAUACUCGGCCUCCGCGACGUAACAGUACUGCAUCUCGAGCAUCCUCGCAUGACGGCAGAAGUCGAACCAAUUCCAUUAGCAGUGUCCAAUCUGUUCAAAACCCAGGACCUAUGCCACAGGCUUCGCCUGUGCUCUCAACGCUAAACUCGAGAGAACAAAGCUUUAAUCUUCCGAAUCGUCACUCAUCUCCGCCAAUUCCGUUAUCCACGGAAGACGCGAUUGGUCGUGCGUGGCAAGAUAUCGUGAAUGCAACGCAAACGAUGUCUAUUCUAGAGGCACGUGCCUACACGGAGGGUCGCCUCGCGGGCUUCGACGCCAACACUAUCGCGGACAUCAGGAGAGCAAUAGGACUCCCAAGUGCUGGAAGUCCUACACUUAGCACUAAUGGCACGAGCAAGAGCAUGACAGAUUUGCCCUCUCUAUCACCUCCAUGGGAAGCGACGUCUGUAUCGGCAUCUAACGAAUCGAGGUCGCGUUCUCAAGGACCGAAUCCUCAACUUUCGACCUCUCAUAGCAUGCCAAGCAUCAACACGGUUUCCAAUCGUUCGGACAGUCCUCCAUACGCUUCUCCUCCGACCCGUGCCAUGAGCGAACCCGUGAGAGCGAAGGGUAUCAAGAAGGGAAACCUGCAUCGUCCGGUGUCGAACAAGCGAAUUUCAGGUAUUCGAACUGAGCAUGCCAGGCAACUGAGCACGAUCGUCGAGCGUCCAACUACAUCACGAUCGAGAAACGAAUCAAUUAAAUCUCGGAAAUCGAUAUUUAGCACGAAGAAAGAACAACCGCCGCCGCUGCCCGAAAAGCCAGACAUGGCGGCGAUUGGUCGCAAGCGCUCUGGAGGUAGUGGAUUUUCGUCGGACGGCAGCACGCUUCGUGCAAUCACGCCAGAGGAGAAGCGAAUCAUCGAGCUAGAUGAAGUACCAGAAGAAAUUGGCCCUCUGCCGCGCAUUCAGAACCAAAAGCGUGCUACGAACAGCACAAUCUCCUCCAAGCCUUUGCCAUUAACCCCAGGGGAUUUGGUUCAGCCUGGAUCGGCUGCCACGCCGUCAUCCUCCAUGAAGUCACGAAUAUCACGUCUGCUCAGCCCUCUAUCUAAACGCAGCAAUGCGUCAUUGCCUUCCGCUAUAAGUACCCCAACGCUCUCGUCAACCCAACCAGGGAUGAGAAGUCAUGAUACGCUCAGUCAGAUGAGCAAAGCCAGCCUCGAAUGCCUGCGAAAAGGCGGCAUGAAUGGUAGUCGAAGCACGCUUCUCGUAGCAUACCAGGAAGGACCUGACCAACCUUUCCAAAUCUGGCUGAAUGCUCUGCCAUACAUAGAAGGCAGAGCCGGCGCAAAGGUUUAAUAUGUAAACGAUUGGAUAUUGAGCAUAAAACACUGUCUUUUAAAGCAAACAAGCCCUCAGCAAAGCUGUCCACAGCCUUGCUCAUGACGUCACGAAUUCUUAUCUGGACGCAUACACCAAGCAUAUUUGAUUUACUUGACAUAAGGGUUUACGUGGAGGGAGAUACAGGACUCACAUUUUGGAUACCCCGGCCAGUACACAACAAAAUUUCUUGGGAUGGAAAUCAUUUUUCUCAUACGGACCCGCGAUCAUCCUUGUAUCGACACACUUUCAUUAUCAUUUUCGUUUUCCCUUGGCUACGAGCACGUUUGAUGACUGAGCAUACUUGUAUCAUAGUUGACCUUGCAUAACUUGGAUGAAUCAUAGUAACUGCUGGCUUUGCCAAAUCUACUUCUGGCACAAUCUGUUUUGGUGCACUGCAUGGAGCGUUUCUGCGAAUUGGAAAGUCUUUAUGUAUAAAAUGCAAAUGGAAAUGUAGGUAUAUACCAUGAACGUUGAGG